GGGGCGCUGCGCCGCCGGGCGCGGGCAGGGCAGGGGGUGCCGCCAAGGGUUAAGGGGCAGGCGGGGAGCCGGGGCCGCUCCCGCGGGGAGAGCGGGGGGAUAAACGGGAACGGAAUUAAAGAAUAAACGCGAGCGGACAGGCAGCGGGGCCGCGGAGCUCUCCCGCCUCCCCUUCCUUCCUGCUCGCCUCCGCCGCCCGCCUGCCCGGGGGGACAGCGCGGGACGCGGAGCCGGGGCGCAGCGGCGGGACGACAAUGCAGCAGGCGGAGAAAGCAGGAGGGGCAGCGCACGGCAACAUGGAGGGAGGCGCGGAGCGGGCCAGCCCCUGAUGCGGCUCUUUCUCCUCCUCCUCCGGGCAGCGGCUCCGGCGGCGAUUCUCUCCCUGGCGGCGGCCGGCGGCGGCGGGUGGAAAUGAGCAGGUCGGCGGCGCUUCUCCUCUGCCUGCUGGGCUGCAACGUGUGGAAGGCGGUGACCAAAACCUUAGGGGCGCCCGAGGCGGCUCAAGAAGUAACGCUGAAGGUCCAUGUAAGCGAUGCCAGCACUCAUCAGCCAGUAACUGAAGCCUUCAUUGAGAUUUUUACCAACCAGAUCUCCAUUGCAUCUGGAACCUCAGGAGCAGAUGGCACUGCCUUCCUCAAGUUUCAGUAUAAGUUGGGCAAUCAGCUGAUAGUGACUGCUAGUAAACAUGCAUAUGUGCCAAAUUCUGCACCAUGGAAACCUGUAAGAUUGCCUGUGUUCUCUUCACUGAGCCUCGGCCUUCUUCCUGAACGCUCAGCUACUCUGAUGGUCUAUGAUGAUGUAGUCCAGAUUGUCUCAGGAUUUCAAGGUGCACGGACUCAGCCACAAGUUCACUUUCAGAGAAGAUCUGUGAAAUUGCCAGAGAACACUAGCUACAGUGAUUUGACAGCAUAUCUGACUGCAGCCAGUUCACCCUGGGAAGUGGACAGUUUCCCUUAUUUGCAGGGAUUAGAUGGAAAUGGAACAGGAAACAGCACCAGGUAUGACCUCACCCCUGUCACUGCCGUCAGCGUCCACCUCCUCAGCAGCGACGGGACCCCCGUCCCUGUGAACGGCCCCAUCUAUGUAACAGUGCCUCUGCCAGCAAACAGCAACUUGAAACACAAUGCACACGUCCCAGCAUGGAGGUUUGACCAAAAAUUUGGGACAUGGCUGAAGAGUAGUUUGGGCAUUGUACAACAAGAAGGAAAUCAGUUGACUUGGACUUAUAUUGCGCCUCAGCUGGGCUACUGGGUUGCAGCUAUGUCACCUACUAUCCCAGGUCCCGUUGUAACACACGACAUUACCAGCUAUCACACAAUGUUUCUUUUGGCAAUUUUAGGAGGGAUGGCUCUCAUACUUCUAGUCUUGCUGUGUCUGCUUUUGUAUUAUUGCAGAAGAAAAUGUCUAAGACCACGUCAACAUCAUAAGAAACUACAACUUUCGACAGCACUGGACACUUCUAAGAAGGAUCAAGCAACCUCAAUGUCCCAUAUCAAUUUAAUAUUUUCACGUCGUGAGUCAGAAUUUCCAGGUGGAUUGUCCGUUGCUAGCAAUGGACACGCUGAAAACUCAGGGGCAAAGGAAUUAAUCAGUGCUGUCCACAUGGAGAUGGUAUCACCUACUGGAGAAGCAGAUAUGCAUACACCUAUGCUCAAACACUCCUUCAGUACUUCCCAGGAGUUUAGCUCCCGAGAGGAGCUGCUUUCUGACAAGGAGAAAGACAAGAGCAGAAUUUCCUUGGAUGACCUGACUCCCAGUGGGUCUCUAAGGAAAGACUACCACAAGUCAGCAGAUAGUUUUCCUCUAAAGACAAGAAAAUCUACAGAAACAGCUGAAGGCUAUGAGUCCCCUAUCAAAGAUGAGUAUAGGAGAAGUUACAAUACUAUGCUGUCUCAGCCUUUAUUUGAAAAGCAAGAGAGAGAAAUUCAAGUAUCUAUGAACCAUAUUGCUACUGGAAGUAAGUACAAUAUUCAGGAACAAAUAUACCCCACACCUUCAGCCCCUGAAAAAGAGCUGCUGGACUGCAGACCUACUGAUUGUAUGAUGUCUCGUUCAGUUGAUCACCUUGAAAGACCUACGUCUUUCCCUCGACCAGGUCAGUUAAUCUGCUGCAAUUCUGUUGACCAAGUCAAUGACAGUGUUUACAGAAAGGUUUUGCCUGCACUGGUCAUCCCAGGUCAUUACAUGAAGCUGCCCGGAGAACACCCUUUUGUUAGCCAGCCCCUGGUUGUCCCAGCUGACCAGCAGAUUGAUAUAGAAAGACUUCAGGCUGAGCUUCCUAACACUCACGCACGGCUUUUCCCACACCCUGCCCAGCAGCUGCAGCCCCAGCAGUUGGCAUCCCAAGCAAUAUCUCAGCAACAUUUGCAAGAUGCAGGUGCAGCUGAGUGGAGUCAGCAAAAUGCUUCCAUGUCUGAAUCUAUUUCCAUUCCUGCCUCUCUUAACGAUGCAUCCCUGGCUCAGAUGAAUAGCGAAGUGCAGCUUCUUACAGAAAAGGCUUUGAUGGAAUUAGGAGGUGGAAAGCCAUUGCCUCAUCCUCGAGCAUGGUUUGUUUCUCUAGAUGGGCGUUCAAAUGCUCACGUCAGACAUUCAUACAUUGAUCUCCAAAGAGCUGGUAGGAACGGGAGUAACGAUGCCAGUUUGGACUCUGGUGUUGACAUGAAUGAACCAAAAUCUGCCCGAAAGGGAAGAGGAGAUCAUCUGUCUGCGCCACAGAGUCACGUCCCAGUGCAGGAGCACCAGCAGAGAGAGCGGAAGGUUUCAGAUAGCACAGCUUACACACAGCUUGUGUACUUGGAUGAUAUGGACCAAAGUGGCAGCGAGUGUGGAACAGCAGUUUGUAGCCCUGAGGACAAUGCUCUCCGAUGCCUCCUAGAAGGCACCAGUAAGAGAAGUGGUGUGCAGCUGCCCAGCCUGCAGGAGGAAACCAGAACUGUGGAUAUCAAACCAGAGCCAUUAACUAGUCCUGAACAUGGAACAUCCAUUCAAGAUGAUGAUGAUGAAGAUGAGGAGGAUGAGGAAGAUGACCAAGGUGAAGAUAAGAAGAGUCCUUGGCAGAAACGAGAGGAAAGACCACUAAUGACUUUCAAUCUAAAAUGAGCUAUUGUGAAAAUCCACCCUUCAGUGGAGUAUAAAAUUGCCAAAUAUCCUUUCUGUGGAAGUGCUUGAUAUUUUUUUCUUUUUUUCUUUUUUUCUUUUUUUUUUUUUUUUAUAUUGUGGAGAGAAAAGAGAAAAACAAACUGUGGUGAGCAACAUUUGAAAGAACUUAAAUGCAUUACUGUGUAAAUGUUAGAAAAGAAUUAAAAUCAUUCCUCUGAUUUAACAGCUGCCUCCAGUGAGAUAGCUGAACAAAGAGUGUGAUUGUUAUUCCAUAUACUUGAUAUUGGUCAUCCAGGAUGUUGAAAAUACUGACAAAUUGUUUUGGUUGCUUUAUGACCUCAAUCUCCUUAUGAACGGGAGCUGGUAAAGCUUUUGUUUUGUAGGCCAAUUUUAUGUUGAUAAUGCUACUGAAAGUAUCUUAAAAACAGGAGUUUGACACAUGGUGUCCAAAAUUGUGCAUUAUCUCAAUGAAAGGCUAUGCAUUGCUGCUUUUAGUAAUAUUUUGCUUAUACUAUGCUUUUCUUAAUUUUACAAGUUGGUUGUAAACAUAUUAUGUCCUUUAUUAUAAACUACUCAGCAAUUUAUUUUAAUGUACAACUGCAGGAAACUUGAGUAGCAUCCCUUAGCAUUGAAGCCUUUUUAUGAAACCAAACUGAACUUUGUGUCGACUAAGAUUCCUCCAAUUCUGGUACCAUUUUCUCAAAGUGCCUUUUUUACAGUAACAAUGAACAGUCCCUUCUUUUGCUAAGUCCUUUUAAUUGACCCCAUUUGAGAUUUUAUAAACUUCUGAACUUCUACCUUUUAUUUUAAGCUGCAUGCCAAGAGUCCCAUUUUGUGCUAAGCAUUUCUCAUUUCAAUACCGUGUAUUCUAUAGCUAUCAUGUAUAUUGUGGAUUCUGUUUAGCCAGGAUAGACUUAGAAGACAUUUUAAAGGGCCCAGAGUAGCCAAGAAGAUAGUUCAAUUGACUGUAUAUAUUGUUAGUUUCCUCUGGAAUCCCAUGAGCUAAUCAUGCUCAUAUAAAAUGGACUAUCGACUGAGCAAGUGGACUGAAUGUGUCUAGUAAAAUUUGGGGAAAAAACAAAUGUACUAUCCAAAAGUGCCAGAAUUACUCUUCUGUGCUUUUUCCAUACAGAGCUGCUGGGUUAUCCAAAAAUUAUAAUUGAAAAUAAACUUCAAAAAGUAUCUUUGUGGAUUUUUUUUACUCUGUUAGUGAUUAUCACAUUAUUUUAUGGUAUUUUAAAAGAAAAAUACUUUUAUUUCAUUUUUCCUGUGCAUAUUUAUGCUCAUGUGACUUACUUUCUUUUGCAUUUCUCAUGAGCUUAAGUCAAUACUGAAAUUUAGACCCCUUUUCAGAAAAGCAUCCUCUGUAUCUUGAUAAAUACAUAAUGAUUUGCUUAAGUAUCACUGAAGACAUUGGAAAUGAAAUCCUGGUAUCACCAAAAUUCCCUGUGGAGUCACACUUCCUGUGGGCCAGUUUUCUUUCUGAGAUUUCUGUGGGUACUCACACUUAACUGCACUCUUCUCAAUUUUUCAUGAAUUGGGUUCAAAGAAGAGGAAGUAUGUGACUUCUGCUCUUGUGGAAUCCUUUGUAUACAUUCAGUUCAUCAUGUUUCAUUCAAUUAUUUUUAUGCAGAUUAGCAGCAGUCAUGCUUACUAAAGUUAAUACAUAAUCUCCAAAGUGAUUUAAGUGCUAUAUAGUUCCUAUUUAAUUUGUAAUAAUAAGCCCCAACUCACAUUCAUUACUUUAUUUUCAGUAAAUUUCAAGGUUUUCAUAGAAAGUGAGUCUUGUAAUUUCCAUAUUACUGUAUGUCUUACCUGGGAACCUGAUCUCUAGACAGGAGUUGAAUCCCAGUGUCCUAGUUCCCAGGUCAAUGCUCCUUUCCAUCCACAAAGCCAGAUCAUCUUUUGCUUUGAUUCAUGUUUGAAAGUGGUAUAUGUUGUAAAAGCAAUCUGAAAUAUUGUGGAGUGCAUUGAAUAUUGAAAUCACCAUAUUAGCACUAAAUUAUAUUUUACUCAUUGUGUAUGUGGCAGGUCCUUUCCUGUUCUGUUUAGGAAUUUUGUACUGACCACCUGUGAAUUGGUUUUGGGCUCUGGGUUACUUAUUGUCAGUUUGUGCAAGGUCUGAACAGAAAAAUACGACUUUAAGGGCAUAGUAUUUAUCAGAUGUCAGUAAGUGCUGGUAAUACAGUGUCACUUAAUCAGAAUGCUGCAUAAGUAAACAUUCUGAAUAAAAUUUCCGCAUACUAGAAUUAUUGUGCUAUUUAAUUUCCAGUUUUCUGUUGUCUUAAAUCUGUCUUUUUUAAUUACAUUAUUUUUUUCACAUUCCUUUGCAAAGUUUCCAUCAUUGCUAUCUUGUAAAGUGAGAUUGUUGCUAUUAAAUUGCAGUGGUUUGUUUCUUUAA